AUGUUAAUAAGCAGCAAUAUAAAACAAAUAGAUCCUCCUGAUACUCUAAAAGGCUAUUAAAAAAUAAAGAAGCUUGGUCAUGGUUCAAUUGGAGAAGUUUGGCACUAUCAAAAAGAUGGAUAAGACUAUGCAAUUAAAUUUGAGAUUUAAAAUUCUCAUUCAAUGAGUUUAUUGUAAGAAAAGACCAUCGAGAUGCUCUAUAAUGAAAUAUACUCUGAAAAUGAUGAAAAAAGGUUUGAAUUAGUAGGGCAUGCAAUAAGAUUAUUGAAAUAUCUUCACUAGGAAGCUUUUUUUGUUAAUCGAGAUAUUAAACCUGAUAAUUUUAUGGGAAAAGAUGGCUAGCUAAAGCUUAUAGAUUUUGGAACAGCAAAGAAAGUCCAAGAAUUAAAGAUUUCUAACGAAAUUUUCGUAUCUGACAUUACAGGCACCCCAAUAACCAUAUCUGUUCAUGCUCAUAAUAAAUUGCAUUCUCUCUAAGGUGAUGACGUAAUUUCUUGUCUUUAUAGCAUGCUUAUGCUGUUUGAAAUUGAAGGUCUUACUUGGUAUAAAAAUUGUAUUGAAAUGUAAAAAAAUUUGAACUCCGAACAAUUAAAACAGAUAUUAGAAAAAAAGAAAAACUUGAAUGAAUCAAAUUUUCAAGGGUUAUUGGCUAAAUGCAUUGUGAGAGAAAUUAAGAGACUUGAAGAUCUAAGGUUUGAAUCUAUAGGAAAGUACUCAACUGAGUUGGAGUAUGAAAAUAUUCUUGAGAAUAUUAAGCUCAACAUAGAAGCGCUUGAAAAUCAAUAAAAUUAAAGAGAAUAAUAAGACCUAAUAGAUAAGACAUUAAUGAAUUAAGAAUAAAAUCAUGAUGAGGAAAUGUAAAAUGAAGAAUUAUCCUCUAACAUUUCAAAACCAUCAAUUGAAAAUGAUGAAGCACUUCUUUACCAAGAUAAAUAAGAUAAUGAUGACACAACUAUAGAAGAAAAAGAAAAUUUGUAAAAAUUCGUCAAUUAAUAAAAGUUAAAUGAUGAUAAUCUUGAUGAGUAAAAUGAUGAUAAUCUUGAUGAGUAAAAUGAUGACAAUCUUGAUGAGUAAAAUGGACUAAUGCCAACAUUUUUGUUUAUGAUGCCAUUAAUAGAUGAUCAAUUGAGAUGUUUAUUAAUAAAGUAUACAAUACAUUAAAUAAACAUUGGUUAUAUGUCAAAAGUACUUCCCAUAUCUAUGAUCAAACUCUUACAAAAGCAAGAGAGAAAAUUGUGUUUGCUGCUUUGCACUGUUUUGAAGAAUAAAAGAUGA